CGGUCUUUCGGGCUUAUAUUGAGUAAUAACUUGUCCUUCAGGAUCGUAUUCGCUAUUGGCACGUCAUCGGCACGACCGAAAAAUUCGCCAUAAUGGCGUCUAUGGUCGCACUCUGACCACACCUCACCCUUGGAUCACAAGAGGCAGGUCCCUAAGUUGGCUGACGGCGUGGGUUUCGUAUAAGACGGUCUAUAACCUAGUGCUUGAGGAUCAAAAUCUCCACCUACAGUAGGGGUUCUCUUCUCCACCUCUACCAUGUCGAAGUUCUUCUCCUCGAAGCACGGAGUCACAUCGGCGACGACAUCUAACGACACCAAGGAGAACGAAGUACCACAAACAGAUAUUGACAAUGGCUCUCUCUACCAUGUUCGCCAGGCCAAGCGCCAGAUCGGUGUCACUUCCGCCGUCUUCCUGAUCUUUAACCGCAUGAUCGGCACUGGCAUCUUUGCUACACCCAGCGCCAUCUUCACCCUCUCCGGCAGUGUCGGCCUCUCUCUCUUCAUAUGGGUUGCGGGCAUGCUCAUCGCCGCCGCCGGUAUGGCCGUCUACCUCGAGUUCGGCACGGCUAUCCCUCGCAAUGGUGGUGAAAAGAACUAUCUCGAGUUCGUCUAUCGCAAGCCCAAGUUCCUGGCUACCGGCCUAUACACUGGAUACGUCGUCCUCCUUGGCUGGGCUGGAUCCAACUCUGUCGUCUUCGGAGAGUACAUCCUACACGCUGCGAAUGUUGAAGUCAACCGCUGGAACCAGAGAGGCGUCGGCCUCGCUUGUAUCACCACUGCUUUUCUCAUCCACGGUCUGGCUCUGAAGUGGGGACUAAGACUGCAGAACCUCCUCGGGAUAAUCAAGCUGCUGAUCAUUCUCCUCAUCGUCGUAUCCGGCUGGGCAGCAUUGGGAGGCGCGCUCAAGAUCGAUAAGCCACACAACUUCGAUAAUGCCUUCAAAGGCACGACGGGUAGCGCGUACGGAGUCGUCACGGCCCUAUACAAUGUCAUCUGGAGUUAUAUCGGCUACAGCAACGCCAACUACGCUCUGAGCGAAACAAAGAAUCCCGUGCGCACAUUGAAACUUGCUGCACCGUUAGCUCUCGGUUCGGUCGCGGUCCUCUACAUGUUCGUGAACGUCGCCUACUUUGCCGCUGUACCCGCCGAGGAGAUCAAGGCUGCGAAGCGCCUCGUGGCUGCUUCUUUGUUUCGCAAUGUUUUCGGACCAAAGGCUGAACGCGCGCUGUCCGUCUUCGUUGCUCUCUCCGCCUUUGGUAAUGUCCUCAGUGUCAUUUUCUCCCAGGGUCGCCUGGUGCAAGAGCUUGGUCGCGAAGGCAUCCUCCCAUUCUCGCGUCUAUGGGCCAGCAACCGUCCUUUCAAUGCGCCGCUUGCCGGUCUCUUCGAGCAUUGGCUCGUCUCGGUCAUCCUCAUGUUGGCGCCUCCGCCAGGUGACGCGUACAACUUCAUGGUCAAUGUCAUUUCUUACCCUCUGGCCAUUGUGAACGUUUUCGUCGCCGGCGCUCUUAUCCAUCUCUACCUCAAUCGCAGCAAGUGGAACUGGAACCCGCCGAUCCGUGCGUCUCUGCCAGUUGCAAUCUUCUUCCUACUCAGCAACAUCUACCUCGUCGUUGCGCCUUUCGUGCCACCAAGCAACGGAAACAGCGUCUACGAGUCCUUGCCAUACUACCUCCACUGCGUCGUCGGUUUUGGUAUCAUUGCUGCUGGUGGCGUUUACUGGUUGAUCUGGGCCAAGAUCUUGCCAAAGAUCGGCCGUUACACACUUGUGAGGGAGGAAGUGGUUGAUGAAAUUGAUGGCUGGGAGAGGCACAUCUUCAGACGCGUACCAAACGUGAAGUCAACCUAAUUUGUAACGGCCAUGUAUAAGAUAGCGUAAAACAUUUCAAUGGGAACAACCCUCCGUUCGAACAAUUCACUCGAUUAUCCACUCUUCUCCCCGUGUAUAGUCAGCCGCAUCAACUACAGAACAAAUUCGGCCCAUCCGACCUACAAGUCGUAGUCUGCGUAUCAGCAAUCUUCGUCCAUGUACCCUUCACCUUCUUGAUCCC